ACACGUAUUUUCGUUUGUAAAAAAAAAUCAUCAUCAUCCAUCCAGACAUUGUUAUCAUUUUUGGGGGUAUCUAAACGAGAGGAAGUAUUUCCGAUAUCCGAUAUUCAAUAGUGUGUCUAAUAUCUGCGAAAAGGCUGUCUAUCGCCAGAGCGUCCAACAGCAUGCAGCGGCGUGGUGGAUAGACGAAACAAAUGGAAACGAUUGUGGUUGGAGAUUGUGAAACCAGAUAAUGUAGUACGUACCUAUAUGUGACUUUAUCUCGUUCGAAUGAUAAUGCCGUAGUUCAUGAAUGAGAGCAACUCUUUCCAGUCGAAGUUUAGUGGCGGUCGUUGUAAUUAGUGGUGCAGAUUUGUUUUGGAGACAGCGAUAGUGAUGUCGGAGAAAAGGCCAAUAGUUCUAAUCCGACCUGGAAAGGUCGCCGGAUUGAAGGGGACGUUACCAAACGGUGAAAAAUGGUACCGUUACAAAGGUAUACCAUACGCGGAGCCGCCCGUUGGAAGUCUACGGUUUCAACCACCCGUACCGUUAGAAACAUUCGGAGGUCAAGUUUUGGAUUGUAGCAUCGAGCGCAACGUAAGCUUGAGUUACAGUUAUAUGCCACCAGACGUUGUUGCUUCGGAAGAUUGCUUAUACUUGAACGUGUACACGCCGAUCGGCCCCAAGGUCGGCCCUAUCACAUCAAUCAAAGAUAAGUUGCCGGUUAUGGUUUGGAUUCACGGAGGUGCUUUUUGUACCGGGAGUGGCGAUUCCGCACUGUACAAUCCAGAAUAUUUGGUGCAAGAAGGUGUUGUAGUGGUGACCUUCAACUAUCGUCUGGGACCCCUUGGAUUUCUUUGCCUUCCUUCGUUCGGUAUUUUCGGCAAUAUGGGCCUUAAAGAUCAACUAUUGGUGCUGAAAUGGGUGCAUCACAAUAUUGCAGCGUUUGGUGGAGACAAAAAUAAUGUAACCCUGUUUGGAAUGAGUGCUGGCGGUGCCUCCGUACAUUUACAUUCCUUAAGUGAUGAAUCUACUAGGUAUUUCCAGAAAGCCAUUUGCCAAUCUGGUGUUGCCACAAGCUGUAGGAUGUUGCAGAAGGAUGCGGAAGUAAAGGCUCGACGGUUAGCUCAACACAUUGGAUGCCGAGGGAACACCGAUCAAGAGAUUUAUGAAUUUCUUCACUACAUGCCUGCGGAAGUCAUCUCCUCCAAGCAAAUGGGUGCCUUGAUUGAACAUGAACAAACACUUGACGUGUUCUAUCCGUUUACGCCAGUCAUAGAGGUACCUGAAUCUGAUCAACCAUUCCUAACCGAAAAUGUAUUGAAUCUCAUAGAGAAACCAAACCGAAACUCAAUUCCCACUAUAUUUGGAGUCAACAGCGAAGAGCUGUCCUACAAAGCCAAUUCUCGCCUGAAAAACAUUGAUCUGUACAAAUGUGAACCUCAACGAUUUCUUCCGGAUUCGUUGGACUUGCCGGAGGAAUUAGUGAAACCAGUUGCUGACAAAGUUCUGAAGUUCUACACAGGCCACGAUGAACCCACUACUGAAACGGUUCACGAAUUGACUCGGAUAAUGUCCGAUAAUUAUUAUGUUAUGCCAACGUUCUUGACUUUGGAGCUACAGCGAAAAUAUCAACCAUCCACUCCUGUCUAUUUCUACCAAUUUGCGAUGGAAGAUGACCUGAACAAAUACCGACGGUUUUGGAACGUUCCCGACAAUAUACGGGGAGCAUGUCAUGGCGAUGAGCUGUAUUAUCUGUUCAGUUCCUCCUACUUCUACACUAGGGCGGUGAAACAAGGCAGCAGGGCCGAUCGGAUGCGUGCGAAGAUGUGCAAGCUGUGGACCAAUUUCGCAAAAACUGGCAAUCCAUCGUCAACUGAGAUGGAGUUUUCGUGGGAGCCAUAUGAAUCAUCACAUGAUUGCAACGAUAAUGUGAGGGUCAACUGUUUACAGUUAGAUGAGAACGUUGGAAUGGUGGAAAAUCCAUUCCGGGAGAGGUUGAAUUUUUGGAAGAAUCUCUAUCAGAAGUACAACGGAUCAUUCCUACAACCAAAGCUGCUGUAAGAUAGUGUUUCAAUUUUUUUGAACUGUAAAUAGUGGUUUUAUUUAAACCGAAUAUACGACAUUGCUUAUAUAUGAAUGCGAACAUGUAUAUUCGUGAAAUUGUUAUAUUUAUGUGAUAAUUAAUAUUUCUCCUCAAUCAUCGGUAUCAUUAUAUCGCUUUAGUAGAGAGGCUUUUAUAUAUAAAGAUUGUGGUUACAA